AUGGCAAUACCUGCUUUAAAAUGUCCCUAUUUGGCCAAAUUAACUUUACAACAAGUACGAACAUCAGCAUCACAUAUUUUUAAUACUGGUGCUGAAUCAUGUCCAAUAUUUGGUCAAUUUGCACGAAGAAUAUCAACAACUGGUAUUAAUAAUGUAACAUCAAUGAAUAUGACAUCAACUCCUCUUACAUUUGAAGAAAUAAAGAAUGCUCAUGAGAAAAUACUUGAACGAAAACAAAUAAAUAAGAUAAAAUUAUCAUCAACAUUGAAUCCAUAUGGUGAAAUUACUAUAUCAUCGGAAUGUAAUGAUAUCUUAUGUCCAUUUUUAAAAAUGACACCAAUUGAACUUCGUCGCCUUAAUCUCGAUCAAGAUAUAAUUGAAAUGAAUCAAACAAAAGAAAAUAUCAUCCGUCCAGUAGUCAAUAAUACAAAUAUAUUUGAAUAUAAUCGUUUUUUCAAUGAAAAAAUUGAAGCAAAAAAACGUGAUAAUUCAUAUCGAAUAUUUAAACGUGUACAACGUAAAAGUGGUCUUUUUCCACAAGCUGAAGAGAAGAAAAAUUUAGAUGAUGAUAUUGAUUCACGUACAAUUACUGUUUGGUGUAGUAACGAUUAUCUUGGUUUAGGUCAACAUCCAAAAUUAAAAAAAGCAGUCAUUAAUGCAGUUACGGCACAUGGUUCAGGUUCCGGUGGGACUCGUAAUAUAUCAGGUACAAGUCCAUUACAUGAAAAACUUGAAGAACAACUAGCACGUCUUCAUCAAAAAGAAUCAGCACUUCUAUUUACAUCAUGCUAUGUUGCUAAUGAUACAACAUUGUAUACAUUAGCUAAAAGUUUACCAAAUUGUUGUAUUUUAUCGGAUAGUGGUAAUCAUGCAUCAAUGAUUCAAGGUAUACGAAAUAGUCAAGUGCCGAAAUAUAUAUUUCGACAUAAUGAUAUCAAACAUUUGGAAGAAUUAUUAAUGAAAAUACCACGUCAUAUACCAAAAAUAGUUGCGUUUGAAACAGUUCAUUCGAUGGAUGGUUCGAUUUGUAAUUUGGAAGCUAUGCUUGAUAUUGCUCAUGCAUAUGGUUCAAUAACAUUUAUAGAUGAAGUACAUGCUGUUGGUUUAUAUGGUCAUAAUGGAGCAGGUAUUGGUGAACGUGAUCAUCUUCUUCAUAAAAUGGAUAUUAUCUCUGGCACACUUGGUAAGGCAUUUGGUAGUAUUGGUGGUUAUAUUGCUGGUACAUCAAAACUAACAGAUUUUAUUCGAAGUUAUGGUUCAGGUUUUAUUUUUACAACAUCAAUGCCACCGACUGUUUUAGCUAGUGCUAUAGCAGCUAUUGAAAUUUCAAUGAGUGAUGAAGGUCGUUCAUUACGACGUAAACAACAAGAAAAUGUUCGAGAAUUACGAUCAAAAUUAAUCGAUGCAGGACUUCCCGUAAUGAUGUCACCAAGUCAUAUUAUUCCAAUUCAUGUAGGUGAUGCUGCACUUGCUACACUUUUAUGCAAUCAUUUACUUGAUCGGUAUUCAAUCUAUAUACAAUCAAUUAAUUAUCCAACUGUUGAACGAGGAACUGAACGUUUGAGAAUUGCGGCAACACCAUAUCAUACAAGUGAAAUGAUCGAUCAAUUAGUUGAUGCAUUGAAACAAGUAUGGAAAGAUGUUGGUCUUACUUUAAAGGAUAUUGAUCAACAACAACAACAACAAACUGUAGCUAUGCGACAUCAUGGUUAA